UGGAUUAAGUGAUAACAGUUUAAUCAACUAGAAGAUUUAUGCAGGAUUCCUUAUAUUGGAAAUGUUUAGACUAGCAAAUAAGAAUUUUGAAAAUAGUUGGGGGAAAAGAGAUGUAUUUAUUUAGUCUGAUCUUGGUGGUCGAACAUAUCAAAUAGCGUUUGCAUAUUAGAUAAAUCCAUUACUUGAUAAUGCCCUGAUUGGAAUGUUAUUUCAUUUUAAUACAUGU